CGCUCCCGAUUCCUUCACUUUUUGUCGGGUUAGGGCGCCGUCCGACCCCGCCGCGAGAUCGAUUGAUUGAUGGAUCCGUCCUACAAGAAGCGGAAGGCGGACGAGAACGGCGCCCUCGCCACCGCCAUCCCGGCGGUCGAAUUGACGCCGGAAGAUGGCCGUAAAAUCAUUGACGCCUUCUCCCUCGACCAGCUCCGCGACAUCGUCGCCGCCGCCGUGUCCCGCGGCGAGCCUGGCGUCCUCGCCGACGUCCGCGCUAUCGCCGACCGCGACCAGAGCCAGCGCAAGCUCUUCAUCCGCGGCCUCGGCACGGAGACCACCACUGACGCCGUUCGCUCCCUCUUCUCUACGUACGGCGAGAUUGAGGAGGCCGCUGUUAUUGUUGACAGGGCCACCGGGAAGAGCAAGGGUUACGGUUUCAUCACCUUUCGCCAUAUCGACGGUGCCCUCCGUGCCCUAAAAGAGCCAUCCAAGAAGAUCGAUGGCCGGAUGACGGUCACCCAGCUUGCUGCCGCCGGUAACUCCGGGUCCGGCGCUGCUCCGUCUGUCGAUGUCUCUCUCCGCAAGAUCUAUGUGGCGAACGUCCCCGCUGACAUGCCAUCUGACCGACUCCUUGCCCAUUUCUCCUCUUACGGUGAGAUCGAGGAGGGCCCUCUUGGGUUCGACAAGCAGACGGGGAAAUUCCGGGGCUUCGCCCUCUUCGUCUACAUGACAGUGGAGGGGGCAAAAAAUUCCCUCGUGGAUCCCAACAAGAACAUCGAUGGGCAUAACUUGGUCUGCAAGCUUGCAAUAGAGGGUAAGAAGGGGAAGCCAGGUGCCCCUGCACCAGGUGCUGCCCCCAUGGGCGGUGUCCCCGGCCAGCCCAUGGGUGGUGGUGCCGAUAUGGGUUCAGAUGGGCUUGGAUUGGGUGCACAGUCCUCGUUACCAAGUUCUCUCUCGAGCCAAUAUGGUGGUCCAGGUAGCGGUCUCGGCUCAUAUGGUGGUUACUCUGGAAGUGCGCUGCCGGGUGCUGCUGGACUGAGUCACCAUCAUAAUAUGAACUCUUCCUUGCCAUCAUCCAUGGGUCCUGGCACUCCAGGUCUGUCAUCGGUUGGCAGUCAGGUGCCUUCAUCGCUUGGUGGUGCUGUAGCUGGAGGAUAUGGAGGGGGUUUGGGUGGCCCUGUCUCCGGUGGAUAUGGAGGUUAUGGCAUGGGCUCAUCACUUUAUCGUAUGCCUCCAAGCUCAGUUAGGAUGCCUUCAGGUGGUUAUCCGGAGGGUGGACAUUAUCCUCUGUCAUCAUCAGCAUACCAGGGCCAGCAUCACCAGCCAGCAGGAUCCUCUCCUGGGCAGAGGGUUCCAGGUAGAGGUUUUUAUCGUAAUGUGCCACCUUAUUACUAAGAGCAGCAAUGGAAGUCACCCAGAUUCUUUUGAAUGCACAAUCUCAGUGGAUAGUACAGUUCGGAAACAUGCAGAAGAAAGCCUGAAACACUUUCAGGAAGAAAACAUCUCUGUGUUUUUACUAUCUCUUUCUAAUGAGUUAUCAAACAACGAAAAGCCUGUUGAUAGCCGUAAAUUAGCUGGCUUGAUCCUUAAAAAUUCUCUGGAUGCGAAGGAGCAACAUGGGAAAAAUGAACUUGUCCAAAGAUGGUUGUCCUUAGAUGUGGCUAUCAAAACCCAGAUCAGAGCUUGCUUGAUGCAGACCCUUCCUUCUCCUGUUACUGAUGCUAGAUCUACUGCAUCCCAAGUUAUUGCUAAGAUUGCAGGUAUUGAGCUACCUCAGAAACAGUGGCCUGAACUUACAGGCUUUCUAUUAUCAAACAUCCACCAGCUUCAGCCUCAUGUUAAGUAAGCCACAAUUGAAACUCUUGGCUAUAUAUGUGAGGAAGAUUCUCCGCAAGUCGUUGACCAAGAUCAAGUCAACAAGAUACUGCUGUCGUUCAGGGUAUGAAUGCAUCUGAGGGGAGUAUGGAUGUCAGACUGGCUGCUACCCGAGCCUUGUAUAAUGCUCUCGGUUUUGCACAGGCUAAUUUCUCAAAUGACAUGGAACGAGACUAUAUUACGAGAGUGGUUUGUGAAGCCACUUUAUCCACAGAGGUGAAGAUACGCCAGGCUGCAUUUGAGUGUUUGGUGGCCAUCUCAUCUACCUACUACAACAAGCUUGCAUCAUACAUGCAGGACAUAUUUAACAUCACAGCGAAAGCUGUGAGAGAAGAUGAUGAGCCUGUUGCUCUUCAAGCUAUAGAGUUCUGGAACUCUAUUUGUGAUGAAGAAAUUGACAUCUUAGAUGAAUAUGGGGGUGAUUAUACUGCUGAUUCUGACAUCCCUUGUUAUUAUUUUGUCAAGCAAGCACUGCCUGCAUUGGUUCCUAUGCUGUUGGAGACACUUCUUCAGCAGGAAGAGGAUCAAGAUCAGGAUGAAGGAUCUUGGAACCUUGCGAUGGCUGGUGGAACAUGCUUGGGUUUGGUUGCACGCACAGUUGGAGAUGACAUAGUGCCUCUUGUGAUGCGUUUUAUUGAAGAGAACAUAACAAAACCAGAUUGGAGGCAAUGAGAUGCAGCAACAUAUGCAUUUGGUUCGAUUCUAGAGGGUCCAUCACCUGAAAAACUCAUUCCUCUUGUGAAUGUUGCUCUAAACUUUAUGCUUACUGCCAUGAUGAAAGACCCAAAUAACCAUGUCAAGGACACUACCGCAUGGACACUUGGAAGAAUAUGAGUUUCUCCAUGGGUCAACUGUGCAAACACAUGUAAUUACUCAUGGGAAUUGCCAUCAGAUCCUGAUAGUCCUUCUACAGAGCAUGAAAGAUGUCCCUAAUGUUUCUCAAGGUUACGAGGAUGCCACUUCAGUAUCGCCGCUGUCCCCUUUCUUCCAAGACAUUGUCCAUGCUCUUCUCAAUGUUACACACAGGGAAGACGCUGGAUAAUCUCUCUUGAGGACUGCAGCGUACGAGACUUUGAAUGAGGUUGUGAGAACUUCAAGGGAUGAGACAGCCCCAGUAGUAAUGCAGUUGGUUCCGGUUAUCAUGAUGGAGUUCCACCAAACGCUUGAGGCACAGAAGCUUUCAUCAGAUGAAAGAGAGAAGCAGAACGAAUUGCAGGGCCUUCUUUGUGGGUGCUUGCAGGUUAUCAUCCAGAAGUUGGGAGCAUCUGAGGCAACAAAGCAUGUUCUUAUGCAGUAUGCAGACCAGAUAAUGGAGCUCUUCCUCAGGGUUUUUGCUUGCCGAAAUGCUACGGUGCACGAAGAGGCUAUGCUCGCCAUUUGUGCUCUAGCAUAUG